UAAAAAAAAAUGAUUAAGUAAAAGCACAAUAAGUAAAAAGAAGAUAACAAACAGUAAACAUUGAUUGAAAACACGUGGAAAUAUUAUUUUUAAAGAACGAAUUUGACGCAUUACGUCAAAGUUAUGCCCCUUAGAUGAUUCUUGACGUGCAGUUAUAAACUGUUCUAUAAAAGAAAGUUUGUUUCCUUUUGAAUUUCACAUGCUCUCUCCCUUUCUUCUGUAUGAAGUAUCAAAAACUUGUUUAUUCUAAAAAAGAAGUGAAUAUAUACAUUUCAAAGAUUUUAUACGAUGAAGUUUGACUCCUGUGAACUUGUAUGUCUCAGAGGAACUCACCGUCCCAUUCCUUUGCCACAUAGAGAGACCGUAAUAAUUGGACGAACGAAACAAACUCUAAUAUCCGAUCCACGAUGUUCUCGAGAGCAACUUGAAAUUUGUGCAGAUUGGGAAAGUGGAGAAGUUCUAAUAAAACAGAUAGGCAGCAAUAAUUCUGCAGUUGAUGACAAAGAAUUGAAUAAAGGAGAAAUCACUCGAUUGCCUAAUAAUGCAACUCUUUAUAUUCUUAGUGGUGAAUAUCCUCAUAUUGUUAAAGUUAAGCAUCACUACACUAAUAAAGUAACAGCUGGAUGUUCAGGCAAAAGGCAUUCUUCAGAUACUGACAAUGAGAAAUUUUCAGUACCAGCAAAAAAAUCUAAACUUCAAAAAGAAAUCCACAGCAGUAAAGACAAAGAAAGUAUCCCCGCAAAAGUAAAAUCUACAAAAUCGAAAGAUCUAAAGAAUAAGCACAGAAGUGAUAAAGUAAAAGGUGAAAUCCAAGUUAAUGAGGUGUCAAGUGUGCAGAACAAAUCUAAAAAAACCAAACAUGAAUCUGAAUCUCUCCCUACAAAUUCAGAGUCUUCUGAUCAGACAAAAACUGCUCCUCCUUGUCCAUCGUCUAGGUGGAAUCAAUUCAGUCACUUAAUGGUAUAUACCAAAAAGGGAACUUACAGCCGAAAGAAGAUUGCUGGUUUUGAUUUAGAUGGAACAAUAAUUUGUACCCAGUCAGGAAAGGUAUUCCCUCAACAUUCCGGAGAUUGGAAAAUAAUCUUUCCACAAGUUAUCAGUAGAUUAAAAGAGUUAUUUCAAAACGGAUACAAAGUUGUUCUCUUCACUAAUCAACAUGGUGUGAAAACUGGUAAUGUAAAAAUGGAAGAAAUGAAAAACAAAAUUGAAAAUAUUGUUAAUAAACUUGGGAUUCCUAUACAGGUCUUUGUUGCAACUGGUACUGGUGUAUUCCGCAAGCCAGUAAAUGGAAUGUGGAUGUAUUUACAAGAUAAGGAAAAUGAUAACAUUACGAUUGAUCAUAUGAAAAGUUUUUAUGUUGGAGAUGCUGCUGGACGACCUGAUCAUUGGAAGCCUGGGAAAAAGAAAGAUUUUUCCUGUUCUGAUCGAUUGUUUGCCAUUAAUAUCAAUGUAAAGUUUUAUACACCAGAAGAAUAUUUUUUAUCAGCAGAAGUUGCACCUUUCAAUAUGCCUGAUUUUGACCCACGGAGAAUUUUGGCAUCCACGCCACUUACAAACCCACCUAAAUCUUUAACAACCAAAAAGCAAGAGCUUAUUAUAAUGGUGGGAUAUCCUGCAGCUGGAAAAAGUACCCUUGUAAAAGCUUAUCUUGAGCCUGCUAACUAUGUUCAAAUUAAUCGUGACAUACUUGGAAAUUGGAAAAAAUGUGUUGCUUUGUGUCGGCAGAAUUUAGAAAAUGGGAAGAGUGUUGUGAUAGACAACACAAAUCCUGAUAGGGAGUCACGUAAACGGUACAUAGAUAUUGCAAAGCAAUUGUGCAUUCCAUGUCGCUGUUUUCAUUUCGAUGUGUCUCUUAACCAUGCCCGACACAAUGAAAAGUAUCGUGUGAUGAUUUCUAAAAGCAAACCAAUUCCUGAUAUGGUAAUGCAUUCAUAUAGGAAACAUUUAGAAGUGCCUACAAUCAGUGAAGGUUUUGCUGAAAUAUUGAGCAUCAACUUUGUGCCCAAAUUCAGCUCACCAAUGCAUGAGAAACUUUACAAUUCAUUUCUCCUUGACCGAUAUUUUGAAGAGAAGAACUAAGAAAUUUUAAGACAUACAGAUGGAGAGAGAGAGAGAGAGAGAGAGAGAGAGAGAGAGAGAGAGAGAGAGAGAGAGAGAGAGAGAGAGAGAGAGAGAGAGAGAGAGCGAGCGAGCGGUCAUGAAUGUCUGCCAAUCUCUUGUGAAUAAUCAUUAUAAUUUUCCAUUUCAGUAGUUUAUCAUCAUUACCACAUUUUCAUCAUCAUCAUCAUUAUAAUAAUAAUUAUUAUUAUUAUUAUCAUUAUUAUUAUUAUUAUUAUUAUUAUUAAUGCAGUGA